UUUUUACCUCCUCCGUCUGUCUAUUCCCCGCAUCGUUCGCUAGGUGGCGCUGUAGGAUGUCUUUCUCUUUCCCGGCGGCCUCUCUGGCCCGACUCGCUUUAUAGCCCCGUUCCCGGCAUCCUUUGCUCUCUUUCCGACCGGCCGCCGCCGACAUGGGACGUGUGCGCACGAAGACAGUGAAAAAGGCUGCCCGGGUCAUAAUUGAAAAAUAUUAUACCCGCCUUGGGAAUGACUUCCACACAAACAAGCGAGUAUGUGAGGAGAUUGCCAUCAUCCCUAGCAAAAAGCUGCGCAACAAGAUUGCAGGGUAUGUCACCCAUCUAAUGAAACGUAUUCAACGAGGGCCGGUCAGAGGCAUCUCCAUCAAGCUGCAGGAAGAAGAAAGAGAGAGAAGGGAUAAUUAUGUCCCUGAGGUUUCUGCCCUGGAUCAGGAGAUCAUUGAGGUGGACCCUGAUACCAAGGAGAUGUUGAAGCUGCUGGAUUUUGGCAGCUUGUCCAACCUGCAGGUUACACAGCCCACUGUAGGGAUGAACUUCAAAACUCCAAGAGGAGCCAUCUGAAGCCGUUUCUGUACUGUCACUUUUACAAUAAAUAUAUAGAAACACAA